AUGAAAAAGCAGUUUAAGAAUCUUCUGAAAUAUUAGAUACUAAAACAAUAUCAUCUAUUUAUCCAAAAGAAGAUUAUUUAAAAAAUUAUAAUUAGAUUUUAUUAGCGGCUAGACGAUGGAAGGAUUGUGGAUAAGUUUAAGAAUAUUUAAAGAUUUAUGAAUAAGCUAUUCAUUAUAAUUGUAAAGCAGAAGAAUGAGAAUGUGUAGCUUAAUGUAUAAGACAUUAGUAAAUAAAUAUUGAUGAUCAUUUAUAAUUAGCAUUCUCUUUAAAAAUUAAUCAUUUAUUAAAUUAACAACAUUUAUUCAUUUAAAAAUUAGAGAGAUUUAGAAUUGUUUAAGAAUAGAAGAAAAAACAUGGAAUUUUAGCAGCAUCUUAAAUUAAUGCUCAUUUUGAUUAGAUGA